AUGGCGUUGUUGAAGAGGAGCAUAACAUGGGAUUCUGAUCAUAGCAGAGUGAAAGUGCUAAAAUGCCUGUUUGAAAACAGUGCACCACUGAAUUUUGAGAAGUUUUUGGAGAACAUACCACACGAAGUGUUAUUGAUGUUACUUGACGAAAUUACAAGUAAAGAUAGGAUAUCCUUGUCAUGCACAUCAAAAGCAAUACGAUUGGUACUCAGACCAUACGUUUUUUCAAGCGCUAAAUGUCCGUGGGAAGAGCUACUAGAUGUUGAUCAUUGGUCAGUGGAUUCCACAAUACUCAAUUUAAUUGAGUCAUUGCGAAUAUCAACGUCGUGUUCAAAGAACGAAUGGACAUAUCCGUUUCAUGAACUUUUCACUUGCUCUACAAAUAGAGGUCUUGAUAAUCUAUCUUCAUUGCAAUUGCAAAGCUCUGGAUCUACGAGCUUCUUCAAGUAUUGCAAUGUUGGUACAAAUCUAAGGAGGUUAGUAAUAAAUACAACAAAAGAAAAAUCCCUUUUUAGCUUGAACCAUGUGAGACCAUUCGUGAAUUUGGAAACUUUAGAGGUCUCCAAUUUUCAAAUUGAUGAUUUCGAAGAUGAACCAGACCUUUGCCCUUAUCUUAAGGACUUAAAACUUACCAACUGUACUUGGGAAUAUCCCUUUAUGAUAGAAAAUUUUGGCAGGCACAAAAUUGUAACACUAAGUCUUCAUUAUUCUAAUUCUUUUAUUAUAAGUGAACGUUUCAGGGUUUUCCUUUUAAAACCUGGUUUCACCAGAUUAGAGAGUUUGGAGAUAACAAACACAGAAAGGAACCUAAAAUUGACCAUAUCCUUAGAAAUUAUGAAACUGAUACAAGCCAUUCCUACCUUGAGGAUAUUGAAGCUAAAAGGAAACAUUUAUAACGAAACUUUAAACAAUUUCACAAAGGUUGAUUUUGACAAUUGCAUGAAGUAUCUCGCGCUUGAUAACGUCAAGGUAUUUUACUCAAGUUUUUUUACCGAAGAACAAGAAUCGUAA